UGGUUGGUUAUGGGGAACAUCACUGCACAGGAAUCUUCAGACGAUGGGUGGACAGCAGUAACAGUACGUGGCAUCACUAGCGAGCCAAUACCCUUCCCACUUGAAUCUACUUCACUGGAGAUAAGGACUGAUAGUCGGCUGGGAAGUUAUAGUGCAGUGUGGGUGUAUUUCUACGAUACCUCAGAAAGACCAUCAGGAGGAGUUGCUAUCUUAUUCUUAUCUACCAAAUACCAGUACUGGCUCUACUACUGCAGCAGUUCCAGGAUUGAUUUCCCAGUUACUCUGCCCUCCACUACUGACAAGAUAUGGAGGAUUACCCUGACACGCAGUUCAGGUGUCAGAGUUGUUAUACACUGUAAUAACGAGGAAGUAGGUAACGUGCUGCUAUCAGACACCUUGUGUAGUGACAGUACGUUAGAGGGUACGUGGGGAGACUACUGGAACAGAGAGACGGAGUAUAUAAAAUUUGAACGCAACGAAGCCUCAGAUUACUAUAGAGAGGCUAAAACAGAUAAGUGUGACGUUGGUACAGUUAGAGAUGGCGCCCAAUGCAGGAAAUGUGACCCUGGGUUCCAGCCAGACCUUCCUCAAUCUGCGUGUGGGCCCUGUCCAGCUGGAAGCUACAAAAAUUUUGAUAUGGACACGUGUGCAGAAUGUCCUGACAACACGAUCAGUACAAUAGAAGGAGCAGUCUUGUGUAUACCUUGUGGAGAUGGCAAGCAACGAAACUUAGAUGGAACUGAAUGCGAGCAUUGCAAAUCGGAGGAUCUGGCCAUAGAGAACGGAGUAAUGACCGUACACAACGAAGCUACAACGCCCUACGAGCAGGGAGUGAAGGUCAGCUACAAGUGCAAUGAUAGGUUCAAGUUGGUGGGGAACAGUGAGCUGACUUGUAACAACCGAGCGUGGAGUAAUGCCGCCCCUCUUUGCAAACCUGUUAACGCGAUGUGCCCGUCAUACGAAGUGAUCAACGGCAAGGUCAUGGACGAAUCAUCCGGCCCAUUCCUUACUACUGAGAGCGUCAGUGCGAUAUGUGAACUUGCUUACAACCUGAACGGAACUAACCCCCGUGUAUGUGCGGAGGCAGGAUGGAAAACAGAUGCUCAAAAUUGCGUUUACAAAGAGGGAAGAUGUCCGCCACUAAAGCACUUGGAGCACGGAGGUCUCUCAUGUAAUGGAGGUUACACUUACAUUAUUAAAAGUUCGUGCACUGUCUCAUGUGACCCAGGAUACAUUUAUCUGAGCGAAAUUAAGAAAGUGACCUGUCAAGAAGAUCUACGGUGGAGCCACCAGUCCUUUACCAACAGUCAGGGAAACUUUGCCGCAUGUGCUAAACAGGAGACCCCCAAGUCCCAUGUCUUAGAAGUAGAACUUUACCUUGACGUGGAUUACUGUAAGACAGAUCCAGAGAAAGCAGCUGUGGUUGCUGCCUUUGAAACUUACAUCCAUUCUGGUUCUGCGGCUGUGCCCUGUGUUACUGGUGCUAAAUGCACGGUACAAAAUACCAGCUGUAAGAAUGGUGAUGGAUCGAGUGUAGUGAGCUUUGAGCUUCUGCAGUAUGGAGACCUCUCUUCAGAAGACGCCUCCACUCUUACUUCCUCAGAUUCAAGGCUCAAAGAGCUUGUCACCGCCGAAGCCAUGACUUUUGAAGUAACAACAUCAAAGAAGAGAGCGACUACGAGAUUCACAGCUGAGGACGGCAGUUAUACCGGGAACGUGAAAACGGCUUGUGAGGCUGGGUUUGCUCAAAUCUCGGGUUCAUGCAUCACGUGUCCGGCGGGAUAUCACAUCCCGGGGGGAUAUAUCUGUAACGCAUGUGCGGUGGGAACCUACAGUACGGCUCCCAACUCUGUGGGCUGUGAGAAGUGUACCAGUGGCUCCACUACUUAUGGUAAAGGUAGCACCAGCAGUGGCGAUUGUAAGGAACUCUGUAAGGUUCCUGGGGUGACACACGGCAGCAUGUCUCCUCCAACAGGAUACAACGUAGAUCCCAACACACUCAUCAAGAUGACUUGCGACAAUGGGUCCGUUCUGCACACGGGAGAAGAGAAGUUUAAAUGUAGUACUGGCAUAGUUCCUACUUGCAAGGAAGAUGGAGAUAAAGUGAGUGAUGGUGGAGGCUCCACAACAGUGAUCAUAGUCGUGGUUGUGGCGGUCCUUGUCAUGCUAGCAGCUGUAGUGAUUGCUGCAUUCUUCAUCAGAAAGAGAUACUUGUACUCAUCUGACCAGAACCAUGCUGUGAGAAAAACAGACAACAAAGCACCCGUAUCAGGAAACAAUGAGGUUUCAAAAAACGUAUACGAUACCGCAGAAACGCAGAACAUAUAGAUGUUAAGUUGCUGUCCUGAUCAAGGACCAAACCGGACAGAUUUUUUAAUUUGUUUAACUGCAGAAACUUGUGUUUUGUAGUGUUUAUAGUUAUAAGUCCAUGACUGGAUUUUUAUUAAGAUUUACUGCUUAAAAUCCAAUGCACAACCUUGGCUUAUGUUGUUACUUGUUAGACUUAAAAGAGAAUUGAUAUUUUUUUGCUCUACAGAAUUUGAUUUAAUAAUUUUAGAUUUUGUUUGUAAAUAUAGUGAAGAUUUAUUCCA